AUGUCCAGAGUAGCAAUUAUCGGUGCCGGGAUAGCAGGUUUAAAGGCUGCAUCAACACUUCAUGCGAAGGGGUUUACACAAGUGAAGAUCUUUGAAGCCAGAGACAGAAUUGGUGGUAGGUUGUAUACAGUAACUGGAUUUGAUGGUAUUCGAAAGUACGAUAUGGGUGCAGGGUGGCAUCAUGAUACUUUAUGUAAUGGCUUGUUCGAUGAGGAAGCUAAAUUACAAGAAAAUGAUGGCUCAUCAGCACCCUUUCUUUUUGAUGACGAUUUCAAUAUAUAUAUAGAUAAGAAUUAUGGACGUGUUGACAGACAUCCCGAAAUGAGACUAGAGUUCAUUGACAGAGAAGUCGAAAAAUUUGCAGAUAUGCAAUAUCACCAAAGCUUAGAUAUCCCUGAUACAUCAUUCUAUGAACUUAUAAUAAAAUAUCUAUUUCAAAAAAAGAACUUUUUAAGUGAUGAACAAAUUAGGUAUGCUCCACAAAUUUGUAGAUUCUUAGAACUAUGGCAUGGUUGUGAUUGGAAAUCUUUAAGUGCAAAGGAUACAUAUUUCGGCCAUCAAGGUAGAAAUGCUAUGGUAUUAAAUUUUGAUAUUUUAGUUCAACGAAUAGCUAGAAAUUUUCCCUCUAACUGGAUUAAGUUAAAUACUGUAGUAAAUUCUAUUACCCGUCGAAAUAAUGAGGUUAUUAUUACUACUACGUCCGGUGAUACACAUGUUGUUGACUAUGUGAUUGUGACUAUUCCACAAAGUGUUCUUGAAUUAUCUUUAUUGGAUAAUAAACAAUUGAAUGGAAGGAUAGAAUUUAACCCACCAUUAAAUGAAAAGAUUGUGAAAGGCUUAAAUUCAAUACAUUAUGGAUCUUUAGGUAAGGUAGUCUUUGAAUUUCAAAAGGCAACAUGGUCUGCUGAGAGUAGUAAAAUAGUAACUUUAGCUCAAUCAUCUAGAAAAUUUGUUGAAAUAGUCAGAAAUUCUACCGAUAUUUCAACUUUAGUUAAAGAUUUAUCUAAUUUAGAUAAUCAAGAAGAAGAAGAUUGCUGGAAACAUCCAUUCUAUAUUAUCAAUUUUGAAAAAAUCAAUGGAACACCCAGUUUAAUGAUUUUAACGCAAGAACCAGUUUCAAAAUAUAUUGAAUCAUUAAAUAAUGAUUACAAUAAAAUCUUUCAAUAUUUUGAACCUAUCUUAAAUAAGGUUAUGUCUACAUUUAAUAGUGGAUCAGUUGUUAAUGGUAUAGAUCAAGAUGUUAGUGAAAGUGGAAACCAUGCGAUACUGAAGAAUAUCAUUUGUUCUAAUUGGUCUUCCGAUCCAUAUUCUAGAGGUUCCUAUACAGCAUGUAAACCUGGUGAUGAUGGUUGGUAUAUGAUUGUAGCAAUGAAUGAAGGGCAAGAUUCAAAAAUUAGAUUUGCUGGUGAGCAUACAGUGAUGGAUGGUGCUGGUUGUGUAUAUGGUGCAUGGGAAAGUGGUCAUCGUGAAGCCACUUAUAUUGCCGAACAUACUACCUUAUGA